AAGAGUGACUGAGUGAGGGAGGUAACUGUGGGCGCUGUUUAGAUUCUCGUUUGUUUUAAAGCGUGGAAUUUAUGAGUCUUUUCCUCCCUCGACCGUUUAGUCAGCGUCGCCACCGAAUGACUUUAAGCUGGUGAAGUGAGCGGGUUCAAAGGACUGCUUUCGAGAAGAUGUCUCACAUACUUGUUCCGACGUAGGGGGAGUGUGCAGCAGCCAGUUGGCUUGACUUGCUAGCUAGCUCAGUGAGUGGAGGGCUGCGGGCCCUCCUCAGCCUAAAGUAGCUCCUGCUGCUGGGCAACACACUCUGCGACAACGGCCGCUUGACAACUGCACAAGCGGGACAUUAGCAGGCCGGUCCGGACUGGCCGAAAGCUCUGGAUCAACCACCGUAAAGGCUGCUGGUAUCAGGGUCUGAAGCCGCAUUGCUGGACAAGACAAGACGAAGUGCGGCGUUGCGUUAGGAGCCCAUGAAACGCAACAGGAGACCGACAGAGGAAGAGAGAUGGCGUAGAUACAUCUUGAUCACAGAUAGCUAGGCUAAGUUAAAUAGAUUCAAGUGUGCUGUUAAAUAUGAUCUGAGCUUUUGGGAGCUGCAACCAGCUCGUCUCUUUCUGACGGAGGAUAAACAUAGCCAUACGGACUUGGAGUCAGGCUGUCAAUAUGUCGAAAAUGCCGGCCAAGAAAAAGAGCUGUUUCCAGAUCACAAGUGUGACUCAGGCCCAGGUGGCGGCUAUAGGUGCCACCGACGACACGGAGAGUCUGGAAGACCCAGACGAGUCACGGACUGAAGAUGUGUCGUCGGAGAUAUACGACAUGUCGCGGCCUGAGUACGAGCCUGCGUGUGACAGAAGUUCAUCCGAAGAGGCCCUGAAUAAUGUCGGAGAGCCAGAAACAUCAUCACACAUACCUCAACCCGGUCAGUUGUCCGCGCUGUCGAGCAGUUCCGCUGGGGAGUUUCGAAAAGUGUCGGGCUCCACUCAAGGUGGCCAGCAGCCACCGGGGAUCGGCGUUACGCCUGGUUUGACCCUCCCCACCCAGCCUGGGGCAGUACAGCAACAGUCUGGUCCAGCAGCCGGCGCUGGGCCAGCCGGUGUGUCAGCAAACACAUCCCAACCUGCAGCAGUGACAGGUUCUGCUCCUCCUCCCGCCACCUCCACGGUGAGUUGCACUUCACGCUUCAGGGUCAUCAAACUCGAUCAUGGUACUGGAGAACCCUUUCGUAGAGGCAGGUGGACGUGUACGGAGUUUUAUGAGAAAGACUCUGAGAGCUCUGCUGUUAGUAGGACUGUAGAUAGCAUAAGGCAUGCCAGUGCUCCACUGGACCCUGCUGCAGACAGAGACAGUGGGCUCGGGCAUACAGGAGGAUCUGUGGCGGCCCCAGCAACACACUCAGCCCAGGGCUUGGGCUCCGUGGCGGAUGCUUCCCUCUCCUCCUCCCGCAUGCAUUCAGUGGAGACACUACCGCAGCAGCAGCAACAAAUCCACCUUCAGAACUACAGCGCUCGGCAACAGGGGGCUAGUGGGUCGACCGCACAGAGUGCUUUCUCCAGCAGCAAGCCCACAGCUGUCCCGGCUCAGCCAACAGUGGGAGGUCUCCAGCCUUCUGCUCCCCAGAGCACGCUGCCUGUUGGACAAAAUGGCCUGCCUCAGUCCAGUGUCCACAUACAGAAGUCCCCCAUCAUGCCUCCCUCAGCCCAGCCCAUCGCAUACCCUCCCCAGCAUCAGCAACAGCAGUUUCCCAUGGGCCACCACCUGACCAGUCAGUCGGAAUACUAUCAGCAGCAACAGCCCACUACCAUGCAGCCAGGGCUUGCCACUGGCCAGUCCCUCCCAGUGUCCAGCCUCUCUGCAGGACCACAGCCCGUGGGACAGGGACCCGCUUCUGGUUUGCCACCAGCCUCUGGAGGGGCCUCUGUGCCAAGUCAGGUUGGAGAUGUUGCAGGAGCAGCAGGGGGAUCUGUACCGACCGGACAGCCAGUCCCGGGCCUCUUGCAGCAGCCAACUGGAGGAAUGGGAGGUGUCGGAGGCUCCGUACUGACUGGUGGACCCACUUUGCAGCAACAGAGUGUGAGUCAGUAUGCAGCUGCUGGACAGCCUCAACCCCACGGCCUCCACCCUGCAUCAUCUGGUGUACAAAAUGUGCCUGCCAUUGCAGUGAGCUCCAGUGUGUCCGCCACUGUGCCCACUGCUGUGCUCAGUGCCUCCAGUGCAGCCAUGCCAAAUGUGACAGCCUCCAGUUUGCCUCCAGGCCAGAUACCCCACAGCAAGACUCUAGUGGCUUUGGGUGUGCAGGGCCUCCCAGCAACUGGAUUUGGACAUGUGGAGGGCGGUGGUGGAGGGAAGUCAGAGGGCCUUGUCAACACACAGUCUCCUGUUGCCUCUGGGAAGGAACCGGUGAAGCCCCUCAUGCCUGAGAGCCUGCAGCUUGCCACUCCCACCGUCAACAGCCUGUUUGGAAUCCACAUACCUGUCGACGGGGAUUUGGACAGGGCCUCGGGAACCAAUGUUGCUGCCAUUGAUAAUAAAAUUGAACAGGCCAUGGACCUGGUGAAAAGCCAUCUGAUGUAUGCAGUGCGCGAAGAGGUGGAGGUCUUAAAGGAGCAGAUCAAGGAGCUGUACGAGAGGAACUCUGUGCUGGAGAGGGAGAACGCCGUGUUGAAAUCGCUGGCCAACAGCGAGCAGCUGUCUCAGCUGUCCUCCCAGUCGGCCACCGGCUCCGGCACCACGCCUCCCCAGCAAGGACUCAGCCAGCCUCAGCAGCAGGUCCAGCCUCAGCCUCAGCCGCAGUCCCACCCCCAGCUCCAGCACCACCCCAAACCCCAGCAGCUCCAGACUCAGCCUCAGCUCGAUCCUGGCCAACAACAACAACAGCAGCAGCAGCAGCAACAACAACAACAACAACUGCAACCCAACGUCACCUCUGCUUGAAGUGCAUCUGCCCCGCUUCGCUGGGGGCAGAAAAAAAAGAAGAGCAUCUUCUCUACAACUUAUUACAAUUAGUGUAUGUGAAAUUAAAAAGAAGAAAAAAAAAAAAAAACUUUGUCUUCUUAGCCACCAGCUUGACCACAAA